AAAAAGCUUUGUCUAAAAAUCUUUCCGAGACCUUCUCCAGGUCGGCGUCACAAAAACAAAUGAAUAUGAAUAAGACAGGCACGCUCUCUCUCUCUCUCUCUCUCUCUCUCUCGUGUCCUCUCUUCUGGUCUGUCUCAUCCUCCUCUCGCUGUUGAUCCGUCUCUAAAAUGAUCGCAGACGCACAUCAGAUGUUGAGGAUUCAUGUACCUGUAGGCUGGAGCUGAACUCGACGAUGUCAUUUCGAUGUAAAUAGGUUACCUUGGUGGACUGAGACGACACAGAAAUCUAGCUUACCUGACCUUCCCGAAGCUUUAGUUAUUGUUCUUAUAAGCAAAUCGUCAUGGAUCUGUCAUUUAUGGCCGCGCAGAUCCCCGUGAUGACAGGAGCCUUCAUGGACUCAUCGCCUCAUGAUGACUACAGCACAGAUCAUUCUCUCUUCAACUCUUCUGCAAGCGUCCAUGCUGCCGCUCUGGCAGCUCACAACCAACAGGAGGAGCAGCAGCCCAUGUCCCGGGACGCCAUCUGGCUGUGGAUCGCUAUCACCGCCACCAUUGGGAACAUCAUAGUGGUGGGCGUCGUCUACGCCUUCACAUUCUGACCUCUGGAAUGAAACCAGCUGAACUUUGGAGACAUAUUCGGCUUCGAGUCCCCCAAAUGUAGGGCACCGGGGUUCCUCAUCAGACAAACAGUGUGUGCAAUCUUUCAAGAAAAAAAAAAAAGUACACUGUAUUAGUUGUUUAUUUGUUCGUUUUUUACGCAGAAUUGUUUUUAGAAGCUCCAGAAAUUAUUUUUGAUUCAUUGUAAUUUUCAUGUUGAAAACUUUGUAACUAGAUUGUUUAAUGCUAAACAAGUGUAACAUGAGGAAAAACACAUAUAUCAUUUUUUUUUUUUUUUUUUUUUUUCUGAGUGUCUAAUACUGCCGGACUUUCGCCAAACAAUUUGUACAUUUUUGCUUUUAGUAUGUAAUUACAAAUGCUGUUAUUAAGCUUUAAAUGUCUAGAGGGCAAACACUACUCUGAAAGUCAUCCAACUACAUUUUUAAAGCAGUGAUUAGAAAGUUGAAAUGAAUCCCAAAGCUAAUUUGAAAAAAAGUAACCAUAAAAUAAUGUAAAUAGAGCAAGUGCAGAGUGCUCUAUUGACCCUUUGUGCUAUUAAGUGCCCAGAACAGAAAAAAAAAAAAAACUUUUUUAUUAAAGAAUUGGUCACCUUGGUUAGAAACAGAUCAAGAUAAUAAGCGAUAAAAGCACUUAAAAUUGCCUUGAUUCAUGGGGCAUUUUUAAACAUUGGUUGACUUUUUUUUUUUUUUUUUUUUUUUGCGCCAGGAUCUCAAUUUGGAGACAAUCUCUUAUCUUAAAUCUUCAGUUGGUAAAACCACCACUUUAGUUGAUGAAAGGUUUAGUUUAACGUUUAAAUGCAUUACAAUGAUUUGAAUUCAAACCUGCAUUCUAGUAAAUGAUUUUAUGCUGAUAAAUCAUGCCAUCCCCUUAGUUGAGGGUGACAGGUCUAGCUUGUAUUUGGUAGAGGUCAAAGCUUUGCUUUUAAUGAGCUUAGCAUAAAAGGUAGGGUUGCUAUGGCGACUGUUUCAUGCUGUCUGGGAGACCAUGGCUGUGGCUUCGUAUCCCACCAUCACGACCCUGCAAAAAUCUUUACUGUCCACUGGUGCAAAGCAACUGUCCAAACAAACAUGCAUAUUAUUAUAUUUAUUUCAUGCGCAUUUUUUUAUGUAUUUAUUUUAUUUUAUUUUUUAACUGUGUGUUUUUUGAGUGUUUCAAAGCCAAUCUUCUUAAGCAGAUUGAUGAGAACACCAGCUUACCAUCAGUUGUUACUGCUGGUCUUUUUCCACACGUACACUUUUGUUUUAAUUCCAAUCAUGCAACUGCCAAUCAUUUUCUGAUGUCCUUAAAGGUCUAUGACCAAAAAAAACAAAAAAAAAACUAUUAAAAUUUACAAACCAGUUAGGUAUUUUCACUAUAAAACUUAAGGGAGAGUUAGUAAUUGAGUCGUUAUGAACCAGACAGUUUUCAGACUGUGACGGUCACUGUAUUGAUCUGAUCAAUGGACUUUGGACCUUAUUUAUAAGGCUGACCGAAAUUAAAUGGUUUUAGCUACGGUUCAGUGGGAUGAAAUGGACUGGGACGAAGCCAAGAUGAUCAUCUAUCAUCUUCUCUGCAGUGGAUUGCACUAGGAAAUGGUGUUAAAUAUAUGCUGGACAGGAAAAUGGCCUUUACUUUAUCAAUGACUUUGAUUUAUGGACUGGAAGGUCUCACGUCGGAUUAUAAAAUUACUUCACAGAUAAACUCUAACUGCCACAGUGAAGUUUGAUGAAGAGCUGAUUGUUAAUUAUGGAGCAUAAUACACUCUAAUUGGAAAGACUGUUGAAAUGUCCUUCAAAGUCCCUUUUGCUGGUACCAUUGCAGUUCCUAAGAGAGGAAGAUCUGCUAUUUCGACCAGCUCAAAUCACAUUCUUCAAACCACAGUAAAACGUAGUUUAGAAAUGUGCUGGAAAGUAAGAAUUUUCUGCUUAGCAAACAAUGUAGACGAUUUUUUUUUUAAAAGUCCUGUCUGUUGAUGUUGAGAGGCCUUUAUAUAGAGGCCUGAUAUUUAGUUUAGCAAAUGGACACUGGUGUGUUCAGCUUAAGUCUGCUUCAUCUGCACUGCAACAUGUUUCUUUUUGUAUUGAAAAAAAAAAUGUUGAAUUAAACUAAUCAUUGAACACCAGAUGUGCAACUCGUACAUUUAUGAUAACA